AUGAAAAGGACUCAUACAGCUGGCGAGUUGCAGACGGGCAAGUCUGCUGCAUCGAGCAAAAAGAUCCCGUUGGAGUUCGCACUAUCUAUUUUAGCGGCCACAGAAACCAGCCCCGGACCCAUCAGAAGUUCGGAAGAAGGUGCUAUAUCGAGGGAACCGCAAGUUAGCCUUGGUAGCAUACCAGAAGAGCUGCUUCUCUGCAUCCUCCAGCACUUGAGGGAUCAGAAAGAUGAUUUGGCGAGACUUUGUCGUGUAGACAGACGCUGCAAACGGAUUGCUCAAGAGUUGUUGUAUGGAACUGUAGGGGGUAUCCGACCGCAUCACGAGGACGCACAUGCGAUUUCCCGCUGGCCCGCACUGACUAGAAAUGUGCAGAGUUUGGUAUACGCUUUCACAGAUGCUGAAGGCAAAGAAUCAGAGAGAGAAGUUUUUCUCCGUGUCCUCGAAAACGGACACAACAUUCGCUGGAUGACGUUGGGGGUUGAUCUUACCAAAAUCGACGACGAAGAAGCAACGAGUGCAAGGGUUACUACAGCGGGUUGGCUAAGACUAUUCAACGAAGCUAUUGCUUCAUCACUCGAGCCCCGCAACCAAUUCUCCAAACUGACACAUCUCUGCAUCAAAGCCAGGCGCUUGGCAUCGAGGGAUUUCCCAAUCGAAUCCCUAUCUAGCCUCUUCCGCCUCCCCUCUCUCUUGCACCUCCAACUAGAUGGCUUCCACCAAACCACACCCUUCAAAUCCUGGCCUAUACAGCCUUUCACAAGCUCCAUCAAAGAACUCUUCUUACACCGCGCAAUGCUCGAUAUCACCGCCUUAUCCCACCUCAUAACCUCCAUACGCUCCCUCGAGCAUUUCGAAUACAACUUCCACACCGCCCCCUGGGAGCCCUUCGCCGCAGACUCAAACCCGUUAUCCAUCUUCCCCGAGCACUCCUGGAGCUCACUAGGCACCGCACUACGCCACCACCGCGCCUGCCUCGAGCGGCUUUCGGUCUCCGACGCUUCGGACACCGAGAUCAUCGAGACGAUUUAUCCCGAGGGCCACGGCGUCGGCGUCCUGGGCUCGUUCAGCGAGUUUGAUAGUUUGCACAGUGUGGCUUGUCCUCUCGACACAUUCGUGGAUGUCGACUACGCGGAUGAGACGGAGUUCUUAGCGCUGCUGCCACCGCGGUUGGAGGCGUUUAGCACGAUUGUGAGGGAGACGGAGGCGGAUGAGGCGGCGGUGCAUGUCGCGCUUGUGACUUCGCUGCGGAAUGCUAUAGGAGCGGGAAAUUUGGAGGUAUCGAUGUAUUUCCAAUAUAUACGUAAAUGCCAAGUCCGUACUUCACAACGCCUGAGCGACGCGGCCAAGCGCGCGAUGGAGAGUGGGGUUGUGUUAUUUUUCAAGAGUAGGGGGAGGGAUCGGGAGGCGUGGGUUUUGGGACGGGGGAUUGAAGAAGAAGAAGAAGAAGAAGAGGAGGAGGAGGAGGAGGAGGAAGUCGACGAAGACGACGAGGACGACGAGGACGAGAUCAUGGACGAUGGAGAUGAGGGGUGA